CUAUUACCAAUUGUUAUGAACAGAAUUAGACAGAAAUUAUUUGGCGACCCUCAUCGAACGUUUCGAUGCUCUCGCCGUGGCCGCCAAGAAAGAAGAACAAGAGGCCGACGAAAUCGUAGCCAGCAUUCCGAAGGCGCAAAUUGAAGAGGCUGUACGAUUUGGCCGACAAUACGUAGAAGAAUGGAAGCAGCUGGAACAGCGUAUAGCUAAAGAGGAUGAAAAUCGAUUCAUGCUUCAAGGCACUUCUGAUAAAAAUGGUGGUACCUUAUUGUCGCCCGGUGCCAAGUAUUCGGCACGUUUCUCUUUCGUACGACACAAUCCCUCCGCUAUGGCUCAAUCUAAAGAAGCCGCUGUUGAUUACGUGGCCCGACAAUACUUGAGUGACCAAUUGGGAAUUCCGGCAGGGAAAAUUGGAUCGAUUAGUAGAUUGGCUGCGUCAUCCAAUGUCACAGAUAGACAGGCUGAACUUCCUCCUCUUGCGCCGUGUGACUUCAGUUCCAAAUUCCGCACAAUAGACGGUUCAUGUAACAGCAAUUACCAACCCAGAUUCGGACAAGCUGGCACAAUCUUUCAGCGAUUAUUCGGCUUCUCGUAUUACGCAGACAAUGUGGGCCAAUUUCGAACUUCUGUAUACGGUCAACCACUACCCAGCCCGCGACUUAUCUCGACAACGAUUGUUCUCAACGACACUGUGCCUGACCCCAGCGUGACUUUACUCACGAUGCAAUGGGGACAGUUUCUCGAUCACGACCUCACUCUUACGCCGACCUUUACCAAGAGCGAUGGAUCUGCUUUCGAGUGUUGUUCACGAGCACAGACAGGCAGCGUCGUGUCACCCCCUCCUCAUCUUGAGUGUGCACCGAUCAUGGUUCCUACCAACGAUAUGAAAUACAAUCCAGAUCCCAGUUCACCUAGCGUGACGUGUAUGAAUUUUGUUCGCUCUACGUACGGCAAAGAUCUUAACGGCAACGUACCACAACAACGACAACACGUUAACGCCCUAACGCACUGGAUUGAUGGUUCAAAUGUCUAUGGCAGUUCUGCAACUCAUGCGGCAGCCCUGCGAGAUUCAUCGUCACCUAAUGGCAAAUUAAAAGUGAGCGUCAUCAAUGGUCGCCAAUUUUUGCCACCUGGUCCUAAUUGUUGUCCUGGAGGUGCUGGGGCUGUUUGGCCCAACGUUUGUACUUCGACAUGCUUCGAUGCAGGUGAUGACAGAGUCAACGAACAGCCUUUGCUAACUGUCAUGCACACGAUUUGGGUUCGUGAGCACAAUCGUAUUGCGGAUGCUCUGUAUCGAGUGGCUCCUGGUCAAUCGUCUGAAUUCUACUAUCAGCAAGCCAGGCGUUUGGUGAUUGCGGAAAUGCAACACAUUAUUUACAACGAAUAUUUGCCUGUUAUGAUUGGUCCGGAAUUGGCUGCCCAGGUGAAUUCACCAGAGUAUUACUACAACUCCUACGUGAACCCUGCCAUUUUCACUGAAUUUUCAACAGCCGCUUUCCGCAUGGGCCAUUCUCAGUUGAGGAGUUUUGUCAGGUUGUUCCAGAGUGAUGGAAGAAGAGACGACGAUCAAAGCUAUUUACUGUCAGAUUCAUUUAAUGAACCCCAAAGAGUUCUGAGUCGUACUUUUUUCGACAAUGCUCUACGUGGCCUGAUCCAGACUCCUGCUCAGGCAGUUGACAACUGUUUCGCCGAUGACAUUACCAGCCAGCUUUUCAAACCAGCCGGCCAAAGACUGGGACUUGAUUUGAUUUCGUUGAAUAUUCAACGUGGAAGAGACCACGGCUUGUUCACUUACACCCAGAUGAUAAACUAUAUAACAGGCAGUUACUUACAAUCGUCUUUUCCGUUCACAUUUGACCAACUUGUACCCCGAAUUCCCCUGGAGGUGGUUUCUGCAAUGAAAAACGUGUACGCUCAUGCUCGUGACAUUGAUUUAUUCGUUGGUGGUGUCAGUGAAAAACCUUUACCGAAUGCUGUACUUGGACCAACUUUUGCCAGCCUUUUUGCAAUGCAGUUUGUGAACUUGAAACGAGCCGAUCGUUUCUUCUACACUUGGAACAUUGGUAGCAGCCUUUACUUGAGCAGAAGUCAAUUUGCCGAAAUUCAAAAAGUAUCCCUUGCCAAAAUUAUUUGCGAUAAUAGCGAUGGUACCAUCACCGACAUACAGCCGAAAGCCUUCCGGAUUCCAGACAACUUCCUAAACAAACCGGUCCCUUGUGCGAAUUUGCCAGGAAUCGACUUUACCAAACUCCUGCCUUUAUAGCCGUUUUAUAGCAAACUGUGAGGAAAAUAUCCUUCUCAUCAGUUGUUCUUGGUGGUGGCUUAGUUUACAUUGUAACAAAAGUCGGUUUUAACGAAUAAACAACCACAAACUGGUGCUGGUGAA